AUGUACUAUGCAGGCAUCUGUAAAAAUGCCUUAAAUGGAAUGCCUGACCAUACAGACCUAAUGUUCCAGAGUGACCGACUUCUAAUCAAAGGAGGAAAGAUCGUCAACGAUGAUCAGUCAUUUUAUGCAGAAAUUUAUGUGGAAGACGGUUUGAUAAAGCAAAUUGGUGAAAAUCUAAUAGUUCCUGGUGGUGUAAGAACUGUUGAUGCCUAUGGCCAGAUAGUUAUGCCAGGUGGAAUAGAUGUCCACACAAGACUACAGAUGCCUGUAAUGGGAAUGACCUCUGCUGAUGACUUCUAUCAAGGCACAAAAGCAGCCCUAGCAGGGGGAACAACAAUGAUAAUUGAUCAUGUGUUCCCUGACUCUGGAAUGAACCUACUUGCUGCAUAUGAUCAAUGGAAAGAAUGUGCUGAUAGCAAAGCUUGCUGUGAUUAUUCACUGCAUAUUGACAUCACUCGCUGGCAUGAGAGCAUCAAAGAAGAACUGGAAGCCCUAGUAAAAGACAGAGGUGUGAACUCCUUUCUCGUUUUCAUGGCUUACAAAGACAAACUCCAGUGCACUGAUGCCCAGAUGUAUGAAAUAUUUAGCAUUAUUCGAGAGUUGGGUGCCAUUGCCCAAGUUCAUGCUGAAAAUGGAGACAUCAUUGAUGAGGAGCAAAAGAGACUGUUGGAACUUGGGAUUACAGGACCAGAAGGGCAUGUUCUCAGCCACCCAGAGGAGGUUGAAGCAGAGGCAGUGUACCGUGCAAUCACAAUAGCAAAGCAAGCCAACUGCCCCUUGUAUGUCACAAAAGUAAUGAGCAAAGGUGCAGCAGAUGUCAUCGCUCAAGCGAAAAGAAAAGGCACAGUUGUGUAUGGAGAGCCCAUUACGGCCAGCCUUGGCACUGAUGGGUCACACUACUGGAGUAAGAACUGGGCCAAAGCUGCAGCCUUUGUCAUGUCUCCUCCAAUCAGUCCUGACCCUACUACACCUGAGUAUCUCUCUUCACUGUUAUCCUGCGGGGAUCUACAGGUCGCGGGCAGUGCUCACUGCACAUUUACCACUGCACAAAAGGCAGUAGGGAAGGAUAAUUUUAUCCUUAUUCCAGAAGGAACAAAUGGCAUUGAAGAAAGAAUGUCAAUAAUUUGGGAAAAGUGUGUGGUUUCAGGGAAGAUGGAUGAGAAUGAUUUUGUAGCUGUGACCAGUACAAAUGCAGCUAAAAUCUUUAAUUUUUAUCCCAGGAAGGGUCGAAUUGCUGUAGGCUCUGAUGCUGAUUUAGUUAUAUGGAAUCCCAAAGCUACAAAAAUUAUUUCAGCGAAAACCCACAAUCUGAAUGUGGAGUAUAAUAUCUUUGAAGGAACAGAGUGCCAUGGUGCUCCUACUGUGGUUGUAAGUCAAGGAAAAAUAGUGUUGGAAGAUGCAAAUCUCUUUGUCACUCAAGGGUCCGGUCGCUUCAUUCCUAGAAAGACUUUCCCUGAUUUUGUUUAUAAAAGAAUAAAGGCAAGAAACAGGCUUGCUGAAAUUCAUGGUGUCCCCAGGGGGCUUUAUGAUGGGCCAGUUCAUGAUGUCAUAGUCACUGCUAAAGCUGUGGCCCCCACUCCUGCUUCAAGGAUAGCUCCCUGCUCAGGCAAAAUACCAGCUCCUCCUGUUCGUAAUCUGCACCAGUCAGGAUUCAGCUUGUCUGGGUCUCAAGCAGAUGAUCACAUUGCGAGACGUACUGCUCAAAAAAUUAUCGCGCCCCCUGGUGGACGUUCCAAUAUCACAUCUCUCUCUUAAGCAUUCUAAAUUAGUUGAUGUACUGGAUGACUUUUCAAAUAAAUCGUAGUUUCUACUGGAGCAGAUGGUUUGGGGAACUGCAUUCUUUAACAUUAUUCUCUGAUUUCCAAGUAAUAUGUCUUUAAAAGGACUGUGCCUUGUUUAUACUCACCCAGAAUACCUUGUUCUAUGAACUGUGAUCUUAACGCGUAGUUAGAUGGUCAUUCUACGCUGCCAGGGCAAGGGACCUGGGUGAAGUGUACACCAAGGACAUAUGAAGUUAGUUUGCUUUCAAGCUCAGGAUAAAAUUAAGGGUGUACAAGUUUCCUCACUCCCAUUUUCUCCAAGUGGAAAAUAGCCUAGAAAUA